UAUAAUGCAUGCCUUUCACAAUUUGAAUUGAAUUACUUAAAUAAAUAAGCAUUUGAUUAUAUACAAAUAUUGUUAUUAGAAAUUAUAUAAGUAACAGCAUUAAUGUUGUUUACAAAGGCAUCAAUGAUUGAACUAAGAUUAAGAUUUGUGUGUUCUUUCACCUCCUACAUUUAUACAGCUUUAUCUCAUACAACAACCAUUACUGUCACUAUUUAAACAAAGCUUGUAAACUAUAAAAACAAUAAAGACUGCAACAAUACAUAGUCUAACACAUAAUUAAUGUUUCAUUGAGUUUUUAGCAGUUUAGCUUCAUUCACCCAAAAAGGGGCCUGAAUUUCCAUCAUUACUGCGCAUGCGCGCCGCCUGGGCGACGUCUCCUGUAAAAAGAGUCACAUGAGCCGCUGUCGCAACUUCUUUCAGUAGCCUGCUUUUCUCCAGCAGUUCUAAACACCCUCCACAUGUUAAAAUGGACAGUCUAGGACUUAAACUACAUGACUUUUCCCAGUUCAGGUGAUAUGUCAGCUAAAAUUCACCAUCAUGUCUGUGGAUGGCCCCCGGACGUCGGUGUUCACCUUCCAGUCAGCCGUACACAGUGUGCAUGUCCUCCGCUCCCUGGAUGAACAGAGACAGAAGGACGUCCUCUGUGAUGUGACCGUAGAAGUGGAGUGCAGGAGCUUUCGAGCGCACCGCUCCGUACUGGCAUGCUGCAGCAACUAUUUUUACACCAGGCUCCAAAACAACACGGGCUGGAACUUGGUCAUCAAUCUACCUGAUGAAGUCACUGUAGAAGGCUUUGUGCCUUUGCUGCAGUUUGCCUACACUGCAAAACUUCACUUCACCAAAGACAACAUUCUGGAGAUUCACAGAUGUGCCGAGCUGUUGGGAUUUCACAAUCUUGACAAAGCCUGCUUCGAGUUCCUCAUCCCCAAGUUCUCUGAUGGCAGCGGAAACACUCAGGAAGCCAAGAGGAAGAGCAAAAACAGCAACAAGAGCAAAGCCUGCCAUGAGAAACCCUCAGCUGCCAGUGGAGACUGCAGUACUACCAGUGAGCAUCACACUAAUACUGAAACAGAAAAUGUAGCGCUGGUUCCUGAGGUUGAGACGGUACCUAGUGUGCAGACUGAAACAGACUGUGUGCCUCAGGUUCCUGAGGUUGAGGUGGUAUCUACUGUGCAGACUGAAACAGACAGGGUGCUGCAGGUUUCUGGGGUUGAUACAGAACCUAUUGUGCCAAGUGCACAGUGUCCUGAAGAAUGCCAGACUGUUUCCUCUAAUGAAGAUCUACCCUUAAAUGUACCCUCAGUCUCAUUCCAGACUGCUUCUGGCCAGGACAGAACAGAACUGUGUUUACAGAACUGCGGGCCUCAGUUACCACUGUCUUCCUCAGUACCGGCCGGAGUGGUCUGUCCGUUUCUUUCAGUAACUUGCACCAGUAACAGUGAAAAUGUGCAUCCUGCCACAGCGGGCUGUGAUGGGGACAUUUUGGAGAUGGGAGAAGCGUUCCAGAAUGGACUGUCAAUGGAUGUUGCACUUGAUGUUCCUGGUGAAACAUCUGGCACUGAACCUGUAACCAUGCCAGAUUUAACUGAAGGUCAAUUUAACCAGCCCAUAAGGGUUCUGGAACCAUCAGCAGAAUGCAGCCAGUUGCGUCCUCUAAGCCCCACAGAGACCAGUGAAGUUUUGGACAGCAUUGCGUCAGUGACUAACCUAGAGAGCAUUAACUCCGAGGCCCCGCAGACCUUUGACUCGGAUGAGCAAAUAUUCCCUGAUCCAGCACCUAGUGGCGGGUCCACAGAAAGGAGCACAGUAGAGAGGGAGGUGGCAGAGCAUCUGGCGAAAGGUUUUUGGCCAGAUUUAAGCUCUUCUUUGGCAGAGCCUCUGGAGUCGAUGGAGCAGGCAGCUGUAGGGAAUGGUGCCGACUUCCACUGGCUCAAGCACCUGGACUUAGGUGCCGCCCCUGAUGACUGCCCUUUCCUCAGAGACCUAAGCUCCAAAGAUGGACAACCCUCAGGAGGUGACAGUCUGUCCAAAGAAGAGAGCAGAGAAAGUUCCUGUGUGUCUCCUAUAAUCUCUGGCGAGAAUUCUGAAUGCGACACAGAUGGAGACUGUGCGGAUCUUGGUGAGCAAGUGUAUGAGGUAGAACUGCCAUUCCCUGUUGAGCAGAUUCCAGGCAUGAGCAGGCGUGCUUUCCUGCAGAUGCUGAAGGAGCAGCGGCUGACCGCAGAGCAGCUGGAGUUUGUGCAAGACGUUAGACGUCGCAGCAAAAACCGUAUGGCUGCUCAGCGAUGCCGCAAAAGAAAACUAGACUGCAUCUACAGGCUGGAGGGGGACAUCAAGAAACUGAGGACACAGAAGGAGAAGUUGCUGCAGGAGCGUAGCCAACUGAAGCAGAACAUGGAGGAAGUGCGGCAGUCUGUCUCGGGACUGUGCCAGAUUGCGUGCCCCGAGGCGUUAGCACAGCCGGAGCAGCUCACCAUCUUAGCCAGGUACCUCUCCUCAGAUUGCCCCACCUCACUGCCCCUCACCCCCAUGGCUUGUCCUGGCUUGGCUGCGUCUGACCAGGACAACCUUCCAGACACCUGCCUUGAAGCUAGUGUCACUGGACAAUCUCCAAAUGACUGUCCCCUAGGAAACAGAGCAGGAAUUAAACCUACUUCUACACUCUUUCAAGAUGAUACACAGAGCGACGUUACAGAACCUCACGUCCCGUAAUCCAGAAGGCAGGUCCGUGUGGAAACGGCAGAGGAACAUACUGUAUCUGUGAGCGUGGUUAUGGUAGAGCACAAGUCUGCCAUUUGUAUAUAAUAGUACAAUUAUAUGUGUAAGUGGAAAAUAAUUUUCACAUUUUAUAUUAUACUUGGAUUUAAUCUCAAUGAACUGAUUAUUACUGCAAGCAUUUGCUACCUAACAAUCGGGGGUGUCGUUUGAAAAUAUAUACUGUACACUUAUUUUCAAAGAAAUGAUUCCAAAAAAUUGCUGCAUAGUAUAAACUAUUGAAACAAACUUGCCAAGCCGUUGCCAAGUGAUUGUGAAGAGUCGCAGACACUUUGCAGAUGUUUGGCAUGCUAAAUAUCUGACCCAGUCGGCGACUGUGUGUCAAGAGCAUUAACUACUUACAGCCAAUGGGAUCACAAAGAAAGAGAGAACUAUAGGUCCAAAACGCAUGCUGUUUAUAUGCUGUUUCCCCCCAUAUAUCAGUUUUAAACUCUAGAGGAGGCCUGCAAGUGAGUUCCAUAUGAAAAAAAAAAUCUGAAGGAUUGGUCGUAUAGUGUGAACAGCACAAUGACCUCAAAAGUCGUUUAGUGUGAACCAGACAUUAGGGGUCUCUACUGAGACGAAAGCAAGACUCUCCAACCCACCAUGGCUCAUUACUGUCGGAUGAUUACUUCUUGGUGCAAAUAUUUCUUUUGACAAUGAGUGUAUUUAUUAAAAUUCCAUGUAUUUCCACCAAAUCUAAAACUCAUGUUACAGUUACAGUAGUUUCUCUGAAGGUCAAAUACAUUUUAAUGUAAUGGUUUACAUGUUGUGCAGCUACAAGCAGUUACAGUACUAUUUACUAUCAUAGGACUUAGGGUACACAGAGAUGGUCCUUUUUCAUCUGAAAACCCAUGCAGUUCUUUGCUCAAUUUCUCAUGUGUAUCCUGACAUACAAAUUUAUUAUAAUCAGGUUUACUUAAAAAAAAGAUCUCUCUUAAACUCUAGACUCUCUAAGUGAAACAUUCCUAAAUAAUGCAUUGAUCAAUAUAUUGCAAAGGCAGAUAUCAGCUAUCCCAGCUUGUUGGUGGAAAGUAAAACUUGAUUCCGCUGCAGUAAAAAUAGGAUACACUGCUCAGGUUACAAAGGAGCCUCUGCAAGUGCACCCAGUGCCUUAAGCCAUACCGUCAUAACAUUUUGGACAAAUUGGCUGUUUGGGGAAGGGGACGUCAAUCAGAACAUUGCUGCAUGAGUUUCAGUAUAAAUGUGCUGGUAGGCUCCAUUAGUCUGCAGAAACUGAUGGACACAGAAGACCUACAGUAGAAUGGUCAGAACAGUUCCUGCAUAAAAUGUUAAUGAAUUAUGAAAGUAAUAGAGUGGAUAAUAGCAAUUAUAGAACUAAUGAUCAGGCAGACUGCACUUAAUAAUGGCUUUUUUUUCUCAGACAGCACAGUCAGAUGAGUCAACUGAGAUUUCUCCCACAUAAUAUUAACAUAUACUUAUAUACUGGACCCAAUGUACAACUAAUUUGAGAUUUUGUUCAACCAAACCCUUGUAUCUACUUUUUUUUACACUUUGUAAACCUAAUUAUGUAAAAAUCAUUAUAAAUGAACCAACAGAAAUGCUUCAAAGUACGAGGAAGACUUUUUUUUUUACUACAAUGAAUAUUGCAUUUCUUUUUGGGUUCAAAACGUUUUUCCUUCUGUAAAUUUCCUAUUUUGGAGACAUAAUACCAUGUUUUUCGCACUAUAAGGUGUACCGGAUUAUAAGGCACACUAUCAAUAAAUGUUUAUUUUCUGGUCUAUUUUAAUACAUAAGGCGCACCGGAUUAUAAGUCGCAUUUUAUGCAGCACUAUUAACCAGUAACUAGUUGUAGGAACAGAGUGUCGCCAUGUUUUUCUUCUAAAUUCAAUAAAGCUAAGUUAAGUAAAUAAAAAAAAACAUUUCAGAUGUCAAAUGAGCACUGGUGUUAAUCUACACAGAUUACUCUCCUGAAAACUGUUAAUUUGGGUGAGUAAAGCGCUUCUGUUUAUUUACAGUAAGCUUAGAUUAUUAGAUUUCCACUAAAACUGGAGCACUAGCGUUAGCAGCUAAUGCCACCCGACAGAGCUACACUGAGGAACCUGUGUGUUUUCCAGGGAGAUAUUAGCUAGAUAUUAGCUAGCGGUUUGUCCCACGUAGCUUGUUUUAAUACAGUAAACACACACACUACAGUCCGAUAUACACCUCUGAACAGCAAAAGAGCUAGUGCUGUGGUUAGCAGCUAAUGCUAAUGCUGCACCAGCAGUGCUAGCAAGGGUUAGCAGGAGGCUACAGGCUGUUAAUACUCACCACUGGACGUCCAAAGAGCUAGCUCUUUGUGCGGUUAGCAGCUAAUGCUAAUACACCUGGAGAACUAAACUGAAACUCCUGUAUAACGCUGUAUUUCAGCAGAGUGGCUUUACUGCUCCUUAAUACCUGACUGGUAAAAUUCAUAAUGUGCAACAGAUUAAAAGGCGCACUGAUGAUUGCUGAAGUGCGUCUUAUAGUGUGAAAAAUAUGGUAAUACUAAGGGAAAACCGUGGGAACUUUUUAAUAUUAGAAUUAAAAAUCUGUAUAUGCUCAGUUACACAUUAUUAUAUUAAAUCAGUGCUGGUGUUAUUGAGGGCAUCCAGAAGAGGCAUGAACCAAACUUUGGUCAUACUAGUUCAUAAGAUAUCAGAAACAUUUCUGAAAAUAAUAAAUUACAUGUUACUGUAUUUUUACUGCCCUAUUAGUGUUUUGACACAUGGCUAGAUGUAGCUGAUUCCUGCCUGAUUUGUAGUAAAUCUUCAUAACUUGUUUUUAUGUAAUAUUUAAUUCAAAGUUAUGCCAUGAUAGAUACUUAAGGGAGUACUGCCCACCCCUAAAGGGAGCAAAUGUUUCAGCUGUAUAAUUCUGAGUACAGUUUAAUCUUUAAUUCAGAGCACCUUUCAUAAUGUUUAUGAAUAAAUGUACAUACUUAAAUUUGCACAGUUACUACACAUUUCAUACUGAAUCUUUCUUAGACUUUAAAUACUCACAUUUGCUUGAUGCUUGUUAGCUUUUUUUGCAAGAUGUGCAUGACCAAAACCUUUUACAGGUAAGGAAGGGUUCUUAAUUAUGUAAGAGUCUGCCUGCCAGUUUAGCAAUUUUAGCAUAUUUAUGUGUACUUUAACUGCAUUACUCUCUAGAUUAUGCUCAGUGUAUGAUGAUUUUCUCUGCUAUAAUAACAGUCAGCAUAAAUGCAGCUUCAUUCAAGUGUAGCACAAACUUCUGCCAAAAAUGGCGCUUAAAUUGUAGCAUUUGUUUAUUGAAUAUGAUGCAUAUUUUUUGCAGAUUAAUUAAUACUUGCAUAUGGCUUGAGUCAGGUUCUGAAAUGAAUGUGUUCUUUUUUUGAGGGUUAGAAACAGAACCUCGAAGCUAACCAUGGCACAAAUUAUUGUGUGUUAAAUGUGUUUCUGUGUGUAGAUACAUUUCCAUCCAGUGUUUUUAAGUCUAUUAUUUUAACACUUAAUGUUAAUUGGAAUGAAAUUCCAAUGUAUACUAUUGAAACACCAAUUGUUGGUUAUAUUCAUUGAAUGAAAAUGUUUGUGAAUGACAAAAAUGUUAAUUGGAUCAAUGUUUUUUUUGGGGGGUUGGGGGGGGUCUCUGCCCCUGUUCCUCACCUGUUUGUUUGUAGCUCCGCCCUCUUGUUCCGCCCUCUGGCUUCCGUCACGUUUUCAUCCGGUUUUGCAUCUCUCUAGUCUGUCCCUGUGUUUAUUUACCUUCCUAACAAGGGGGGCAGGGCUACAAGCGAACAGGUGAGCAAACGGUGGCGGAGACACGGGAUAAACACAGGCCACGUGCAUAGGAGUAAAUUUCAUUGUGUUUUUAAGAUAAUUUCAACAUCGGAAAUGGAAUAGGAAUUUUAGGUAAACAUGAGUCCACAUAGCAGCUCUUUCAAGUUUACAGAAUCUCAUUAGAAAAAAAAACAUAUAAUGAACCAUAUAAGUUUGUGUCUGUAGCCUAUAUUGUACGAUAAGCCGAUAUUAUUAUUAUUAUUAUUAUUAUUAUUAUCGUGAUUGGUCUACUUCCAUAUUAAAUUCAACAUAGAUGUGACACCACUAUUAAAUAUGCAUUCUUUAUUUUAAAAAGUAAAUUGUAAAUGCACAGCGGUAAUUGGUGUUAGCAUUCCUUUAAAAAAAAAAAGAAACAGAGAUGUCUAGAAAUCAAAGUUUUUAUGUCAGAAAAACAGAAUAUUUCAUCUAAUGGUUUUGAUUGCAAAAAAAGUUAAAUUGGCAAUGUUUUGAUUAGUAAAUAAUAGGGAAAAAGCAGUUUUGGGCCAGACUAUAAGCCACAUUUUUGGAAUCAAUGUUAGAACACAACUUAAUGAAAAAAGGGCUGCUGGGCGGCAAACAUUGUUUUACACAUUUUUGUUUUAUUGUUUGUAAUUUUGCAGAUUUCAGAUUACCUUGUACCUGUGUACCUUGUGUAUGGACACACACACACACCACCUGUAUUGUUCUUCAGUAUUUCAGGGUGCUGGUGCCCCGAGUAAAAUGUCAUUUUUAUGUUGAUUCUUACUGAUAUUAAAAUGAAAUAAAUAAAUACAAAAACAA